UUUAAAGGGAAGCUCACCAGAUUGUAGGCCGAAGUGGGCACUGUAUCCUCGGUUUCGCCGACGAGGUAUCGGCAUUUUGAAUCUCUUCCGAGCUGCGAUACCAACGAGGAAGGGGAGGAAGGGGACGAGUUCGUUCUGAUACCAACUUUUAUUUCUGCAACUUAUCAACUAGGAGAUGGCUGCAUCAAUGGCAACUAGUCUGCAAAUGUUGGCCACUAGACGGUCAGCCUUCUCUUCUCGGAUGAUGCUACCAUCAACUACAAUAGCAGAUAAAAGAUUAACCAUCCAAUCUAAACUGUCAAGCUCAUCCAGCAUUUCCCUCACCAAACCUUUUUGCCGGAGCUUUUCGUCCGCUUCACAGAGAUACAAUAAUGUUGUCACAAGUGCCAUAUCUGAUAAGAAUGAAAAAGAAGAUCUUAAAUCAGGAUUGCCUAUUGAUUUAAGAGGCAAAAGGGCAUUUAUUGCUGGGGUAGCUGAUGACAAUGGAUAUGGAUGGGCAAUUGCCAAGGCUCUUGCUGCAGCAGGUGCAGAGAUUCUUGUUGGAACAUGGGUGCCUGCAUUGAACAUAUUUGAGACUAGUUUAAGGCGUGGAAAGUUUGAUGAGUCCCGACGGCUAUCAAAUGGCUCUCUUCUCGAGAUUGUUAAGGUUUAUCCCCUUGAUGCAGUGUUUGAUAGUCUUGAGGAUGUCCCGGAUGAAAUUAAGACAAACAAGCGUUAUUCAGGUUCUUCAAAUUGGACUGUGAAGGAAGUUGCUGAAUGCGUCAAGAAUGAUUUUGGAAGUAUAGAUAUUCUUGUGCAUUCCCUUGCUAAUGGGCCAGAGGUGACCAAGCCUCUAUUGGAGACUUCCAGAAAGGGGUAUCUUGCAGCUUUAUCUGCUUCCAGCUACUCCUUUAUAUCUUUGCUCCAGCAUUUCCUUCCUAUAAUAAAUCCAGGGGGAGCGACAAUCUCACUAACUUACAUUGCUUCUGAGAGAAUCAUUCCAGGAUAUGGUGGAGGCAUGAGUUCGGCAAAAGCCGCACUUGAGAGUGAUACUAAGGUACUAGCAUUUGAAGCAGGAAGGAAAAAGCAAGUUAGAGUAAAUGCAAUCUCUGCUGGUCCACUGGGAAGCCGUGCUGCAAAAGCUAUUGGGUUCAUUGAGAAGAUGAUAGAGUAUUCGUAUGCUAAUGCGCCAUUACAGAAAGAACUGCUAGCAGAUGAAGUUGGUGCUGCUGCAGCUUUCUUGGUGUCCCCAUUAGCUUCUGCUAUCACUGGUUCUGUAGUUUAUGUCGACAAUGGAUUAAAUACAAUGGGUUUGGCAAUUGACAGCCCAUCUCUUUCACUUGAAUGAUAAAGCAGAAAAUCUGCAUAAUGAUUGGGUUUGUAAGAACAAGUAUCCCUUUCUGUUUCAAUCUCCUGCGGCAUUAUUGAAUAAUAAUUGAGUUGGUUGGGUUCCUAGUUUCAUUUGAGGUCCAGUUUUUUUAUAACAAUGUAGCUAUGUUGAUGAAUUAUGAAUGAUUUUUUUCAGUUGGUGUUCCAAUUGAAAAAUACAUUUUUA